CAGUUUACAGCAACAUUUCACACAGUUAAGUGCCAUUUCAAUUAUAUAGUCCCAAACUUAGAGCUUUUACAGUGUUCAGCAAUUAAGCCUUAAAAAUUAAAUUUCUCCCUUGUAAAGUUAAAUUAUUUGUCCAGAAGAAAUAUGAAGAUCCUUGCACAGGUUUCCGCCCUCAGUUGGAUUCUAUUGGUGAUAGUAGUGCUCGAAGGUGCGCAUGCAUCUACCGUCGAGACGACCACCGACCUCCUGGAUUCCACCAUCAGCAAAGACAGCGUAGUCAUCAAUUGGCAGACAGUGUGUGAUCACUUGUACCGGAUAAAUUUGUCAGGGUCGGGAUGUCGACCCUACUACGAUUCCAAUGCACCACCAACGAAUGAUUCCCUUCCGCGGAAUCAGUUGGACCUUCUGUGUCCCACGCUGUGUUUCAAUGCUUUAGGACUACCCAGUUGCGUUUGCAUUUCGCCCUACAAACGGGUCCGGGGAAUAAGUCGCGAUGGCAUCUGCAGGUUGUUUUGUUCAGUGACCCUUGCACCGUUGGACGGAUGCUCUCCUUGCGUGGACGUGGAGACUACCACGGAGAUGCCCACAACAACAAUUAAGACAACGAUUCCAACAACAACAACAACUAGGACGACCACAACGCGACCAACCACCACGACAAGAUCCACCAAGGCUCCCACACAAUCAACGACGCCCGAUUGGGCUAAAUUGUGCAACGCACUGUGCCAGAUUGGCGAAGGCGGGAUUUUGUGCAAUUGUGACUUGCCGCCGUUCUUCUGAGUCACAUUAUGAGAUCUUCAGGAGAAUUGCGGUGACUUGUAAAUAAAAUUAUAUAAUACAAUUUCCGUUGGACAACGACGAUACCAUGUGGAUUUGUUCUGAGGGUUCCAUUGAUAAGACAGUUAAUUUUAAUUCCACUAUUUCUGUUCAACUUGAUGUGAAAAUAAAACUUUAGGAUAACGACAAAUGAAUAUCACAAAAGGGCUUCCAAAACCAUCAAUUCAUUGUGACCAGAGAAGAGGAUUGCUUCUCUCUGGCUCGUAAGUAUUAUAAAAGAUGAAAUAAUGUUGUAGAAUGUUAAGAAAAUAAACAUAUAUAUAUUAAGAAUAAAAAAAACUGAGGAGGAGAUAUGCAGAAUUUGGCAGAAAGGAGUAUCUUUCACCCCUGUUUAGUCAGUAGAAUUUUCAUAUCAGUGACAAAUGAUAGAAAAUUGCUGUGAAGACAAUAAAAUUCAUCUAAACACCAAAAUAUAUAAGUGAUUUUAGGAUGAACAAGUAUAUAAAUUAUAAUAUGGUUAAACGUGUAAUGUCGUUUCAAAUGUAUACUGAAGAAUAAAAAGAAGUUAAAAUCAUGCUCUAAUGAUAAGACAACAUAAAAUAUUAAUGGCAAAGAAUAGCUUAAAAACACUUUUGCUUGUUGUUGCCUGAAUAGAUUAAAAAAAAACCUGAAUGUAUUGCACUUUUGAUGUAAAAUUGAGAGAAAACAGAAAACACUGAAGACGAGUCCUCUGUCUCAAUGUGAAAAUCUAAUUCAGCUCCAAUGUAGUAAUGCAACAAUAAAAGUCCAUGUAUUGCAAUUCUGAAAA